AUGAAUAAGCCGAGAUUCUUGUUAUAGUUUGCUCUAAAAGAAGCAAAGCAUUAAGAAGAUAAGAGGAUCGAAUUAGAAGCCAUGAAUAAUGUUGAAAAAGAAAUCUAACAGUUCGAGAACAGUGAGUAAAUUGAUAAAAUAAUUAGUGUAUGGAAAUUGAAGCCUUUAAAGAUCAUUCAAAAAAUAGCCAUUUUUAUCACUAAAAUGAAGCAUUAUUCACCUAUUUAUAGAUUCAAGAUAUUGAAUAAGAACAUUUUUUAUUUGAUAAGGGAUCGGACAAGCUCAUUUUAAUAUUACCUUUAUAGUGGACUGUUAGAAAAUAAGCCAACAAGAGUUGGUUAAAUGAAGUAUGAAGGAAAACUAGCCAAUGCAUUAUGGUGGAGAAUAUGGUCAUUUCUAAAAAGUAAUCAAACUGUUUUAUUACCUGCGGAUAAGUUUCUAUUUGUAUGGGAUGUUAUCUUGAUGUUUGUAACCAUCAUGAAUAUUCUCUAUGUUCCAUUGUAAUUGUCCUUUGAUUUGAGCAGAGAAGAAAUAGGAAAUGCUUACCUAUUAUUUAGUACUCUUCCAAGUUGCAUAUUUUUGGUCGAAUUAGUCUUGAACUUUUUUAAAGGCUACUAUGUUAGAGGAAUAUUACAUACAUCUAAACGCGAUAUUUUUUGGCAUUACGUGAAAGGAGAGUUCAUUAUUGAUCUAACAGUUGUGUUGCCCUUCAUACUCUCAUGGUUCGGCUACUCAUUUGCAAAUUACCUAAUGUUGAUACGCAUGACGAAGGUAAGAAGGACGAUGGUUGUUAUAGAGGAGAUUUCUAAUUUCAAGGAAAAGACAGCUGUAAUAUAUUCUCUAUUCUGUUUGAUUUAUUCUCUUUUGUUGAUUUCUCAUUUCUGUGCAUGUUUAUUUCAUUACUUUGCAAUUCUUGAAGUAGAUAACGGUUACACGCACACUUGGCUUCACUAACAAGGAAUAUACGAAGCAGAUGCAUAUGUAAAAUACUUUACUUCAUUGUAUUGGGUUACCAUAACCUCGAUGACUGUGGGAUAUGGAGAUAUUGUACCUGUGACAACUCCUGAAAAGAUCUUAGUCACUUUUCUGACAUUUCUAGUGGUUGGAACUUUCGGGUAUGCAUUAGGAAUGAUCCAAAGUAUCUUCUAUAAAUUAGCCGAAUAAUAAAAUCUUAAUAAUGCCAAACUUAGACUUGUAAGCAAUCACAUAAAAUAGAGGGGAUUAAAUACACAAUUACAAUUUAGAGUUCGAAAAUACAUUGAAUAUUACUUGUAGUUUAAAUAGGAGGAAGAGUUGGAUUUGGAUGAAUUAAUGGGAUAAUUGAAUCCAAAAUUAAAAUAGGAGGUUUAAAUAGCAAUGUAUUACAGUUACUUAAAGAAAUCUAAAUUGUUAGGGUCAAAUCUCUCUGAUGACAUCCUUAAGAAACUUUGCUUUUGCGUUCAUGAAAGAACUUAUGCCCCUGAAGAAUUUAUCAUAAAGAAGGAUGACCAUCCUGAUAAACUAUACAUUGUGUUAUCGGGAAGAAUCAAGUCAGUAUUAUUAGACAGGACAAUUAAAAGAUACAUAAGUGGGAAGCUGGUUUGCGAAAGGGAGUUCUUCUUUCAGGAUUAUAUGUAGUUUGACAUGGUGGCCUAAACCUUUGUUUAGGUAGCCUACAUCAAUUAAACUGAUUUCUUGAAUAUCCUGUAGAAUGACAACGCAUAGUAUGAAAAGUAUAGACUUACUUUGGAUCGAACGUAAUUUGGAGACAAUAACAAUCAAAUAAUCUGUGAGGCAUGUUCUAGUCAUCAUCAAUUCAAACAUUGUCCUCUAGUCUUCUUUAGAAAAAACAAAAAUAAAGUGAUCUCAAUUUACAAUAGCAGUGUCGAUCAUGAGAGACAUACUUUUAUUAGAUAGAGAAAGAAGACGAGGAUCAACUCCUAAUUAAUUAAGGAGAGAGCCUUGGAUCAGAUCUUGGAGUAAAACAAAACUCUGGCUGCUGUUGACAGCAAAUUUCUCAUUAAAUUAGGCAUUCAAAGAAAUGAUGAAGAUGAAUCAUCGUAUCCUGAUUAGACAGUUGUUUAACAUUCCUAAUAGGGUUCUUUGAAUCAGCCAGAUCAGAGACUGAUAAUCAAAGGUAGAGGCAUGAGGCAAGUGAGUCAUAGAAGCUUACUUGUGCCUUCUGGGAAUAAUGCCUAAGAGACUCAGGAGGAUAAUUAGACUUACAUAUUCAAUGCAGAAACUAACGUAGAUAAAGUAGAAGAAUACGAUUAUUAUUACCCGCAUUAUAAUAUCACAAAAGUGAUUAAAUUGAUUAAUAAUUAUAAUAUAUAUUCUAGAGUUUUGGAGAAGAUACGGGGUCAUAAGAAUAGAUUUGCUCAAUACAUUGCUAGACAAAUUAUGUAUAAAAUUUUAUGA